GGGUGGAGCCAGAGAGGAUAUCACGGGAGAUUACCUCCAGUGUUGGAUUUAUGCUUCAAUUUGAAAACUGAGGUGAUCUUUUGAGAGAUGUAUAGAGACUACGGCUCCCUGCUCAGCACCCUCAAGAGGUGGUGGCAGCUGGUUGCUGAUGAGCUUAGGUUCAUAGCAGAGGAGGAUGUGGCAUGAGGGCAUGAGCACACAGGAGGAAGAUCUGCUGGACCAGGAACUACUGCAGGAAGACCCGGACCAAGAGGAGAUGGAGGAUGAGAUGAAACCUGAUCCCCAGCCAAAACCAUCAACUGGGUAUAUAUGAAUUUGAUUCAUCAGCUUGUUGGGGUGACUGCUUCCAACAGACAAGUUGCUCGCAACCGAGAAAAGAGGGAUACUUUCCUUAUCCGUUCAAAGAGGAGAUGGGUUCUGUCCACCAUUGAAAUCGAAGAGAACAUGUCUGGACAUUUUCCUGUUAAAGUAACACAGCUGUUCAAUGACAAAGAGGUAGAUUUUACCAUCAAGUUUCAAAUCAGAGGAGAAGGAGUGACAACAGAACCUUUGGGUUUGUUUAGCAUUGAUGAAAAUACUGGAGAUGUGUUCGUACAUCAGCCCAUCGACAGAGAAGUGAAGCCCAUUUUCCAUGUGGACUUUGAUGUUCUAAACAGGGAGACUGGUGAAGAGGUAGACAAAACGCUGUCAUUUAAUGUGGAAAUAAAGGACAAGAAUGACAAUAGACCUGAGUUCAGUCCAGUAACCAUCCGUGCAUCCAUUCCUGAGAACACACUUCAAGGAACACUCCCAGCAACAUUACAGGCUCAUGACAAUGAUCAGAAGGAUAAUCCUAACUCUCAGUUCAACAUGAGUGUGGUGUCACAAGAACCUGCCUUACCAAAAUUAUCUCUGAAGCUCAUGGCUGGGAACCCUAAAAUCCAACAGCUUAGCCUUUCAGGAUGCUUCGAUUAUGAUAAAGUAAAACAAUAUAAAGUACUAGUUCAAGCAAUGGAUCAAGGAACACCUGUUAUGUCUUCAACUGCAACAGUUUUUCUUGACAUCACAGACUCCAACACCCAUGCACCACAAUUCAAUGCUUCCAGGUACAAUGCUGAGGUGAUGGAAAUGGUAUUAAAGGAGAUCUUAAGAAUUGGUGUGACAGACAAGGACACUCCUAACACACCUGCUUCAAAAGCAAAGUUCACUAUCGUGAAGGGCAAUGAAGAGGAGAAUUACAAGAUUGAGACAGACCCCAAAACCAAUGAGGGUGUGCUAUCUGUUAUCAAGGGGAAGAACUAUGUGAAGACUGAGAUCAUUGAACUUGAGAUUGCCGUUGAAAACGAGGAGAAAUUGUUUCAAUGUGUUGAUGGAAAACCAGUAACAGGCCCAAAACCAAACACUGUCAAAGUGGAUGUGAAAGUCCUUGAUUUGAAUGAUGCCCCUGUAUUUAAGAAGAAUAUUGAAAUAGUUUACCGAAAUGAAAACAUGGAUGCAGGAGAUGUGUUGUUCAUACCGGAGGUCAAAGAUGAGGACUCAGAUGUGAACAAAAUCAGGUAUAAGUUAGUAAAAGACCCAGCCAAAUGGGUCACCAUUGACCCACAGACAGGAAAAAUCACCACAGUUGUGAAAAUGGAUCGGGAGUCUCCAUAUCUAAUAAAUGGCUCCUACCAUCUUGAGAUCCAUGCAACAGAUGAUGGACACCCCCCAGCUACAGGGACAUGCACCGUAGUGAUAUAUCUGGGUGAUACGAAUGAUAAUGCUCCCUCUCUCAUCUCCGAUCAAAUGGUCAUGUGUGGGAACAAGGUGGACCGUGUCAAGGUAGUGGCAUCAGACCGUGACGCGCCUCCAUUUGGGAGUCCAUUCUCCUUCUAUCUGGGAGGGGAGGAGGAUUUGAAGAACAUCUGGAAACUGGAACCCACCACAGGAGACAACACCUCUCUGAUAAGUUUGAAGAGUCUGCCAUAUGGAAACUACUCAGUUCCCUUGAAGGUACAGGAUCAACAGGGGCUGGGGGCAGAAGCAGUUCUUCAGGUGUUUGUAUGCGACUGUGCAGGAGGAAAUGUGUGUCGUGGACGCCUCCCUUACUUCUCCAGACUGGGUCCUGCAGGCAUCGGUCUCCUGUUAGCAGGAAUUCUGCUGCUGGCCUUUCUACUCCUCUUUUGUUUCCUGUGUGAAUGCGGAACCAAGACCUCACAACACAUCCCACUAGACAUGCAGGGUGAGGGUAAACAAACCCUCAUCAAAUACAAUGAAGAGGGAGGAGGCUCAAUCAAUAAGCCUGGCUACUUCUUUACCAAUGGAUACAGGAAGGGUGAAAACGGUACUCUAAGAGGCCCUGAAGGGUAUGGCACUCAGUACUCAUCGGGGAUGUUCCAGGAAAUGUCUAAUGGUGGAGGUGUGAUGAGCAUGCCAUUUCAGCUUUACCGAGCAUUGCCGAGCUGGUCAAUGGCCCGAACCAACACAGUCAGGAGUGGAGUGGGUCAGAUGUCCCGCAAAUACAGCAUGGCUCAAUCAGAAAGGAACCUGGCUGAGCACAUUGACAGGAAAAUCUAUGGGCUUCCAGAAGAGCAAAAAGACUAUCCAGAAUAUUCGCCACGUCAAUAUUAUUAUGAAGGAAGAGGCAGUGAUUGCGAGUCAUUGGAUAGGCUGUCCACCAGCAACCUUGGAGAUAACCUGGACUUCCUGCAGAAACUUGGGCCAAAGUUCAAUGCUCUGGGGGGAAUUUGUCAACAGACAAUAGACCGCAGAAAUGUGCAAAUUUGAAGAGGGAUACUCUAUUGAGACUUGUGGAAUUCUGCUUUAAAUUACUCUAUUUUUAUGACUUCUAUUACAAGCUUUUUCUCUUGCAAAUUACUUUUUCACUUAAAUCUUUAUGGAUAAUCCUGACAAGAACUUAGUUGUUAAUUUUUGGCUCAAUAUGAAUGAAAAAAAGCAUAGGUGUUAAUAGGAGAAAUGUCAAAUUGAUGAGUAAAAGAUCAGUUGGGUCAUACGUGUUAGGCAGUACCACUGCAUGGGAACACUUAACUUUUAAAAUAUUGAAUAUGCUAUGAUUAUUUCAAUAAAAGGUUACACCAGACUUUCUGAGAACAAUGUGUUGCUCAAGUUUAAGGACUUAAACUUUUAUAAACUUUUUUAUAACUUGUUUAUUUACACAAUGACAAGAAAAUUAAAUGAAAACUGAAAAUGCCUGAAAACUAAAGCAAUUGCUCAGAGAGGACUUAAAUGAGGGUGUACAUCAUUUUGACGUUUUUAUAAUUUAUGUAAUUAUAUUUUGAAUUUUUGGUUCUUUUACUGUAUUCAGAUUGUUAUGAUAACAGGUUGGGAUGAAACAAAUCAAAUAAGAUAUAUGAAAAGACAUUGAAGACAAAGGAAAAAUGAAUACAAUGAUUACUAAUUUAAGCCCAAGACAUUUGAAACUUAUUAUUUUUAAAAUAUUAAAUUUUCUGCAGUUUUAGAAGUUGACAUGGAAGUGCACGACAUGGAAUUAUAAGAUAUUUAAAAGAGGUCAUGGGGGAAAUGGCAGCCUCCAUAAAACAUUUUUUUUUUAAAAAAAGCAGUGACAUUAUUUAAAAUUCACCUCAUGUUCUUUUAAAUGUGACAUCACAAUAAAAGAAAAUGAAUAGGAUCUUUGUGA